AUGAGUGCACCGCCCCUUUACAGCUACUUAGGCAGAGCGAGCGGCACCGGGGGAGGGGGGCUGCCUGCGAUCCCCAACGCCCUUCUCCCCAACACCGGCGUCGCGCCGAGCUACGCGCGCGCGGGCGGGGAUUCCCAUCGUAAGCGGCACGCCCUUCGUCGGAGUCAAAAGGAGGCGCUGAUGUGGAUGAUCAAAUCCGCGGUUCCGCUCGAUUCGGAUGCGCAUCCCCCCCCCUCGGCCGGCGGGGGGGGUCCGGAGGUGGUGGCUUCCGCCUUGGGUGGCGGCGGAGCCGGCGAGGGGGGGGGGGGGACGGCUCCCCCGCCAUCAAUUUGGCGGCUUCUCAUCUUCGACGACUGGGGCCGGGAUAUCAUCGCGCCGUUGCUCAAAGUCGCGGAUCUUCGCGAGCUGGGGAUCACGCUUUAUAUGCACAUCCAGACCGAGCGCGAGCCCGUGCCGGGGGCGCCCGCGAUUUAUCUCUGCGCGCCCACGCCGGAGAAUCUCGACCGCCUUGUCGUGGACUGCUCGCGGCGGCUGUACGAGUGGGUGUACCUCAACUUCGCGGCGCCGGUCCCUCGCGGGCUUCUUGAGCGGCUGGCGCGGGGGUUGAGUGAGUCCGCCCUCCCCGCGAUCGCGCAUCUUCGCGUGUUCGACCGCAUGCUCAGCUACGUCGCGCUCGACGAGGAUCUCUUCUCGUUGAUGCAGCCGCGUUCGUUUUGGACGUUAAACCGCCGCGGCGCCGCCGAGGCCGUCGUGGAGGUCCACCUGACGGCGGUCGUGGAGGGGGUCCUGCACGUCCUCCUGACGAUGGGGGGGUCGCCCGUGAUCGCGCAUUCCCGCACGGGCGCCGCCGAGGCGAUGGCGGGGCGCCUCGCCACGCGAUUGCGGGAUGCCGCGGCGGAGCGCCUCCUCCCCCCUGCCGCGGCCUUCGGCCGCCCCCUCCUCCUCCUCGUCGACCGCUCGACGGACCUCGCGACCGCCCUGCAUCACCCGUUUUCCUACCGCGGAUUGCUCGUCGAGCACGCCGGGAUGCGGCUGAAUAAAUGCCACCUCCGCGCGGAGGGCGGGCGCGAGGAGGUCUUCGAGAUCGACCCCGAGCGGGAUCGGUUUUAUGCCGAGAACGGCGCGUUGGAUUUCGCGGAGAUCGGGGCGCGCAUCGAGGCAGCGUUGCGCGAGUAUCAGGAGGCCUACACCGCCCUCGCCGCGACCACGACCCCCGGGGAGGCCGGGGCGGAAGGCGACGGCGAGGCCGAAGGGGGGAUGUCGAGGCUGCUCGCCACCGCCCCGCUUCUGGCGGAGCGGAAGCGCUACCUCGACAUGCACACCCACCUCGCCUACGACUUCCUGCAGCGGAUUCGCGCAUCCGGGUGGGAUCGGCUGCACGGCGUCGAGCUCGCGUUGUUGCGGCGGGGGCGGUUGGAUAAGGAGGAGUUCGCGCGGCUCCUGCGCGGCCGCAACGGCAGCCGGGCGGAUCGCCAGCGGCUUUUUCUCAUCGCCCACCUUCUCUGCGGGCAACAAGGCGGGGAGGAGGGGUUCGUGCAGCAACAACUCCCCUACCUCACCGCCGCCGACGAGCCUGGCGAAGGGAAGGGAAAAGAGGAGAGGGAGAGAGAGGGGGGAGGGGGGGGAAGGAGAAGGAGAAGGGAGCGGAGGGGGCGUCGCCGCGGGCGGAUGGCUUCCCCGCGCUCGCGUAUCUGA